AUUUUGACGUUUGACGUUUUCCCACACUAGCUACCCCAAUUUGUGUAAAUGCAUGAAAAAUUCACCCCGAAUUGUGAGAUUGUUUCAAUUAUUAAAUAAAAAGAAAACUCAGCAUGUCUGCAAAGCAAAAUUCAAAGAAAUUCAAGUGGGCGUUGGACUUUAAUGGAAGCAAAAAUUCGGAAAUUCCAUCUCCGCUGGGCUACAAUCCAAGUGCAGUGGUAAAUCAAACCGAAGUCGUACGCGAUCAGCGUUUGGUUAUCAAGAAAUCAUGGGAUCUGGCUCUAGGACCGCUGAAGAAUAUACCCAUGAACCUGUUCAUCAUGUACAUGUCCGGUAAUUCUAUAUCGAUUUUCCCAAUUAUGAUGGUCGGCAUGAUGCUGGUGCGGCCAAUCAAGGCAAUGUUCACAACCCAAGUUACCUCGAAAAUGGCCGAAGGCGCCCAGGGAACUGGUCAGCGCAUUGUCUACUUUCUGGGAAACCUGGCAAACGUAGCGCUGGCCCUUUACAAAUGCCAUAGCAUGGGCCUGUUACCCACACACGCCUCUGACUGGCUGGCCUUUGUCCAGCCCCAAACUCGCUUGGAAUAUUAUGGAGGAGGAAUAUCAUUUGUCUAGUUUGUAAUAAUUGGUGGCGAAUAUGUACAUUGAACGUCACUUUAUUUGAUCAUAGUAGAUACAUUUGUUUAAAUUAAAACCCUAA